AUGCAAAUCAAGGAUGAAGGAUCCUUGACAUUCCUUGACAAGCUGAAGGGAGACCCUAGUAAGAGGUCCAGAGACAAAUACUGUUGUUUUCACCGCGACCAUGGUCAUGACACAUUUGAUUACUAUGAUUUAAAGCAGCAGAUAGAAGCUCUCAUUAAGCAAGGGAAGUUGCAAAGGUUUGUCGGUAAGGAAAGGACAGACCAGCCCCAAGAAACACCUGCACGGAGAGAAAACGAGCAUUCCAAACCCCCGCUAGGAGACAUAAGGAUGAUUAUAGGAGAAACCACGGCAUCUGGCUCGUCCAAGAAGGUGCGCAAAACCUACCUAUGGAUGGUCCAGAGUGUCCAGUUGACGGGAUUUAUCCCAAAGAUGGCAUGGAUCGACAACCCUGUCAUUGGGUUUAUAGAGGAAGAUGCCAGGCGCCUCCACCACUCUCAUGACGAUGCACUUGUGGUUAGCAAUCGGGUCGGGAACUACAACACCUAA